UAUGAUCUGUUAGACAGUUUGUGGAGGGCUCUCACACUGGCUGGUAAAGAUGGUAUCCAACGUAACAAUUGUUUCUGGCAUUUCGGCUGUAAUACUUCUCGUUAUACAAGCAGUAUCAAUAGCGACACCCAACUGGUUCGUCGUUACUUUAUCUGGUAAAACAGUUCUACAAAUCGGAUUAUUCGCUGUAUGCGUACCAGACAAAGAAUGCAUUCCGUACGGAAAGUACAUGUUUGAAAAUGACGGACCGUCUAUGAGCUACAUAUGCUUUGUGGGACUCAAUCUGCUGGGAUGCUUACUCAAUUUAGUGUUCAUCGUUACUGGUAUAACACAAGCCGUCUCAUCAACUCCUCGUCCCGAACGUUCCUUCAUCCAACGGCAAGCUGUAUUGUGGUUCUUCUCGGCUGCAUUUCUGCUCGCUGCCGUGAUUUGGAUCUAUGUGUCCUUGGCUGCUAACAUGGAGAAAUAUACUUUAAACUCGUCGGUGUCGGUGGAUCCAGGCUACUCCUUAAUAUUAGGUUGUCUUACGGGCGUGUCGUAUCUUAUAGCCGCCAUCACUCUCACCGGCCUCGCCCGUCGUCUGCCCGUGCCUGCAGUGCCGACCACCGGUUUUUUGGUAAAUGGGGCCCCUCAGGUGCUCGUAAUGCAGACUGAUUCCAGGGGUUAUCCGCCUGUCGGUAACGCCGGAUACCCUCAAAACGCCACAGCAGGAUUACCUACCAACCCUGAAUACGGGCUACCACAGGAUCACCCCUCAUAUGGAUACAAUCAAUGAUAAGGUCAAUGUGCCAUUAACUUGUUUUAAUCAUUGAUUCAUUAACUUGAGCAAAGAAAUGCUUCAAAUUGACAUUCCUCUUAAAGGACAUCACGGUAAACCAUUAUUUGUGCAUAAUUCACCCAUAUAACAUCAGCAAAAUAGUUUCAUAUGUCAUUGGACAUUAUAUAUAUAUAUUGUACAUCUAUACAUUGUAAUAAAGCCAUUAACAUUCAAUACUUAUAUCAUUGACUAUUUGGCUAUGAAUUAGUUCAGAUUCUCUCGCGGCGAAACCAUGCGAAUGCACAUAAACUGAAUUUGUUUCUGAAAAUGAUUAUGAUAUCUAAACGUACAUAAAUUGAAUUUUUUGGAAGUGCUUAUUUUGUAGAUGUCACUGUAGUAAUAUGAAUAUAUUAUGCCAUUCUUAUAUGAUAUCCAAAUAAAAAAAAAAAUUGAAAGAACAAGAAAAACGUGAUUUUCAAAAUAUUUCAUUGAGAAUUUGAAGACCAUCGGCCCGUGAUACAGUUUGCACAGUGUAUAUAAUUUGCGUAACAUCAAAGGUAAAUAAAUUAUAGAUAGCAUAUCAUGUGAUUACCUUCAUAUCUCUCAACCCGUCAUUCAUUGGCUACAGGGAAGUAUGACUUUGAAAGCUAGAUGAAUACACUGACCUAUAUUUUUUUUUUGUUAGAAAUAUAGUUAUUACAUUUACAUAAUGUUCAAGUUUAUACUCGUGUCUCAAUUUGUCACAUAAUGGACAAUUAAGUAAAUAAUAUUCAUCUUCUUAUCAUUUUUGUAUGUGUUAUACUUGAACAAAUAAUAAUUAUGCACAAGUAGUCUGUCUUCCCGACCCUUUUCAGUUAUUAAACCAUGACAUUACACUCAAUGUCUAGUGACAGCA